GAACACCCCCGCCCACCCCAUCCCCCCCUCAUGGAGAUCUAGAGGCUUCGGCAACAAGGGUGCGAUUAGGGUUUCGGAUUAGGGUUUCGGGGCCUACGUUUCCUGCGAUGACGAGGGCUCUCCCCAGCUGGCGCCGCUUGUUAACGGCCACAAUUACGGCGGUUCUCCUACUCGGCUUCUACUCCUGUCGCUGCAAUGAACCUGGAUCUAAGUUGCGCCGUUCCGUUGCGUCCGUACCGCGGGAAUCCCGUUCCGUCGCCGUUUCCCACCGCAAGCUUCUCGAAGAAGGGCGGGAGCGGGCGAGGGAGGCGGAGGAGACGGAUCGGAUAGGGGAGGGGUGCAGCAAGGACGACAUCGUGGUGUACCAGGGGGCGACGGCGCCGCUGCCGAGCGGGAUCCCGACGUACACGGUGGAGGUGCUGAACGUGUGCGCGCGGGGCUGCGCCAUCGAGGGGAUCCACCUCCGCUGCGGCUGGUUCAGCUCGGCCCGCCUCAUCAACCCGCGCCUCUUCCGCCGCCUCCGCUUCGACGACUGCCUCCUCAACGACGGCCGCCCCCUCCCCAACGGCGCCUCCCUCUCCUUCCAAUACGCCAACUCCUUCCCCUACCCCCUCUCCGUCUCCUCCGCCUCCUGCCUCCCCUCCUCCUAACCCCCCUACCUCCCCCAACACCAAUCGUACUCCCUAUAUAUCUAGUACACCACCA